AUGGCAAAACAGGCCUCUUUGUUACUUCGCAAACAACUAUCAGAGCUCAACAAGAAUCCAGUGGAAGGGUUUUCAGCAGGACUUGUGGACGAUGAAGACAUUUACAAGUGGGAAGUACUGAUCUACGGACCUCAGGAUACACUGUAUGAGGGAGGUGUAUUUAAGGCAUCACUUACCUUCCCUAAAAAUUAUCCCCUGAAACCUCCCAAAUUGAAGUUUAUUACAGAAAUCUGGCACCCAAAUGUGGCAAAAAAUGGUGAAGUUUGCAUCUCCAUCCUUCAUGACCCCGGUGAAGAUAAAUAUGGCUAUGAGAAACCAGAGGAGCGUUGGCUGCCAGUUCAUACGAAGCAGCAAAAGAAUGGAGGAAAGACCCUACUGGGAUAUUUAAGAAAAAGGUUGCUCGCUGUGUGA